UAUGUUCCGUCAGUGUGGCAAUGAGGGCUACAAGCGCUAUAAAAGCAUUGGCAAGAGACACGCGAGGAACGCAGAGUGUGUGGUUACCCCUAUAUCACUUCUGAAGAGACUGCUUGCAGGAGCGUAAAAGCGCACCGGACAAGCUUGGGACUCUCCUUUCCUUGGGUUGUGGAAUGUGACAGUUGCCUUGGGAGACAAUGGCACAUCGGAAUGUUUGCACCAUGCUGGUGAGGAAUCUGCUCCUCUGUUCCCUCAUAGCCCUGGGUGUCCAUUGCCUAGGGAAAAAAAUAAUUCCUGACGAAGAGAAGAACCCAGCGUACUGGAACACAUGGGCACAGCGCUCACUGAAGCAAGCCCUGCAGCUCCAGGAGCUCAACACGAAGGUGGCCAAGAACAUCAUCCUCUUCCUCGGGGAUGGAAUGGGAAUUUCUACUGUGACAGCAGCACGGAUCCUCAAAGGCCAGCUGAAUGGCCAGAGCGGGGAAGAGUACCGGAUGGAAAUGGACAAAUUCCCCUACGUGGCGCUGUCCAAGACCUACAACACCGACGCCCAGGUACCAGACAGUGCGGGCACUGCCACAGCCUACCUCUGCGGUGUCAAGGCCAACGAGGGCACGCUGGGGGUCAGCGCAGCUGCCGUGAGGUCACAGUGCAACACCACUCAAGGAAACGAGGUCACCUCCAUCCUCAGAUGGGCCAAGGACGCAGGAAAGUCAGUGGGCAUUGUCACAACAACGCGCAUCAAUCAUGCUACGCCCAGCGCUGCCUAUGCCCACUGUGUGGACCGAGACUGGUUCUCUGACGGUGAGAUGCCCCAAGAGGCAGUGGAUGCCGGCUGCAAAGACAUUGCCAGACAGCUCUUUGAGAAUAUUCAAGAAAUCGAUGUGAUUUUUGGUGGAGGGAGGAAAUACAUGUUCCCCAAGGACACGCCUGAUGUAGAAUACCCCAGCGAGAAACAGCACUUUGGCACCCGGAAGGACGGCAGAAACCUUGUGGAGGAGUGGAAGGAGAGGAUGAAAGAGAAGAGGGCCCACUAUGUCUGGAACAAAAAAGAACUUCUUUCUCUCAACCCCAACAAGGUGGAUUAUGUUCUCGGUCUGUUUGAACCCUCUGAUCUGCCAUACAACCUGGAGAGAAACAAAGAGACGGAUCCGUCGCUCACGGAAAUGGUGGAUGUGGCUCUGAAAAUCCUCAAGAACAACCCGAACGGAUUCUUCCUGCUGGUGGAGGGUGGGCGGAUUGACCAUGGUCACCAUGACGGCAAAGCCAAGCAGGCGCUGCAUGAGACGGUGGAAAUGGACCGCGCCAUUGGCCGGGCAGGCCUACUAACCAGCGUCCAUGACACCUUGACUGUCGUCACGGCGGACCACUCUCAUGUCUUCAGCUUCGGAGGCUACACGCCACGGGGAAACAGCAUCUUUGGACUGGCUCCAAUGAUGAGUGAUCGUGACCAGAAACCCUUUACGUCCAUUCUGUACGGGAAUGGCCCAGGAUACUCGCUGAUCAACGGCCUAAGAGAGAACGUCUCCACAGUGGACUACCAGGAUAACAACUACCGGGCACAGUCGGCCGUGCCCCUGAGCUACGAGACCCACGGCGGGGAGGACGUGGCCAUCUUCUCCAAGGGCCCGCUGGCCCAUCUGCUCCACGGCGUGCAGGAGCAGAACUACAUCCCCCACGUCAUGGCCUACGCCGCCUGCGUGGGGCAGAACCGCGAGCACUGCCGCGGGGCCUCCUCGGGGGGGCUCAGGCCCAGCCCCAGCCCCGGGACCACGAUCGUCUCCAUGCUAGCUGCGGCGCUCACGCUAGCCUGGCUGCACUGGUGACAGCCCUGUCAGGAAAAACUCCAACCCGCCCUCCAACCCUCCCCUCCUACAUCCCCUCCUGAGGCGUCUCUGCAGCAGAGAAAACAGGCAUUAGUGUGCACUGUACACCGACUUUCACACAUGCACGCUCACACGCGACUACACACACACACACACACACACACACACUUUUACAUUUGUACACAGAGUCAUGUGCAUAGGCAGACACCAAUACUCUCUCUCUCUCACACACACACACACUGAUAUGAACACAUAGGAAUUCACACACACAAGGGCACAUGUUGGCAUUCUUACACAUAUAUACUGUACACACACUCACACGAUAAUAAACAUAAACACACACUCACACAUGCCAUGUGUGCAUAAGCAUUCACACAUGAUAAUACACACAUAAACACACACUCACACAUACCAUGUGUGCAUAGGCAUUCACACACAAUACAAACACACUGUAACCUUUCACUUCUCCUCUACCAUUUAGAUGGAACCACAGUCUCCCUCUAAAUAGAUUUUUAAAUUGUAAACAUGGUAUUCAUUUUUAAAGCAGUUCUGUACAGUUUAUAGACUAAGGGACCAACCCAAGGGCUUUUAAUGGACUUUAUGCAGCCUCUAUGAACAGAAAGAGAGAGAAAAAAAUAAGAGAGAGAAAGAGCACAGGAUAUGACAUUCAAAAAGGUCAGUCAAAAAUACAAUAGAGUGGUACAUGUAGCAUUUCAUAAAGGCUGGAGGUUGUUUUUUUGUUUUCAUUGUCUUCUUUUCACUGUUGUUUUGCAAUGUCAUUUUAUUCUACUGUAUGUGCUCAGCCAAACAGCAUGAGACUCUGAGGAUCCUUGACCUGCUCUCCAGGACAAUGCCGUAAAUUUCCACAGGAAAAUGAGCAGCCAAAGCACACAUGGUUUCAGUGACUUCACGAACAAUAGAUCACUUUAGUCAAAGCAAGACACAGCUGUCUGGGUCUUGUUUUUUUGUUUUUUAAAUUAAUAUGGCAUACUAAUUAAUUAGGUCGUUAAAGACAAUGAUUCAGUCCACUUCAUCAAAUGCCACCAGCAUCUAAAAGAGACUGAAUCAACCCAUUCUGAGAUUUUUUCAGAGGUUGUAUGUCAUUGCUCUCUUUUCCUUAUCAUCCUCAAUUGGUCGUUGAAUCAAAAAACAUCUCAUACACAUACUUUGCAUUCUGAAGUAAUUUGGCUUUCCAACGGCAAAGCUCCAUUUCAUGUGUUUGAAAUGUGGUCAGAAUAAUUGAGAGCACCAUGCUGGAAAGUAUAGAUUUGAAAGUCGCUGUUUUUAAUGAAUGGUUUCAUUUUUUGUCAACCGCAGACAACAUAUGCCAGCAACACAUAACAGUAAAUAUUUGUGGGAAAAUGGGUUUCCCUUGCCAAUAAAAACACCAUGUCAGUUUUUCUAAGA